CUGGAUCUCGUCAUAGCGCAGACAUUAACACAAAAACAAUGCCAAGUCGAACUUGUGAACUUGUGUUCAACACGGCUGCUGAGUUAACGGGCGGCGCCAUCUUUACUCCUACGGGGUUAUCUUCUUGAGUCUUCUAGCGGCGACCAAUCUUCCGUCCUAAACAAACUCUCCAGAAUUACCCAUGAUUCCCCUGAAGCGUAUGACCUGUCUCUGGCCUUGGCGUGUAGCGCGGUGCUGCUAGUUGUCAGUGUGGGCUGACUGCUUUAGGACUUAUUAGCGGCAAUUAGCUAGUGUCCCUGUCCGACAAGUCGGCUCGUAAACUGGGAACCGUUACAGCGGAGCUCAGCCACAAUGCUGAAAUGUAGAACUGUAUGGAAAAAGCUUGCACCUCUUGCUAGAGCUUCAUCCACUGUAUGCCGGCAGAAUGUGAGGAGAACAGGGUUACCCAAUGGCCGAAUACCAGCACUUGUACCUGCGGCCCACAUGUCCACCGGGCCAGCAGGGGGAGGAGGAGGGGAAAACAGGCUGUACUUCGCUCUGGUUGGAGCUGCCUUCGUCGCUACUGGAAUAUACGCGUACCGAACUGUGCAGGGUGACAAACAAAGAUAUCAGGAACGUAUUGAGGAAAUUUCAUCCAGACCAAAUAAAGCCACUGCAAAAGACCCAGACACACCCAUCCAGCCAGAGCCUACUGCUGCAGAAGUCCCUGAGACUGCACCUGUGGAAGCUGCCGAGCCAGAGGCUGUCCCUGAGCCAGAACCCCAAGCAGCACCUUCAGCAGAGGAACCGAGCCCCCCUGCCCCUGCCGCUGAAGCAGCAGCACCCAGUGAAACAACUGAACCUCCCCCAGCCGAGGAGCCAGUGGUAGAGGCAGCUCCAGAAGAAGCUGCUCCAGUAGAAGCAGCUCAGGUAGAAGCUGCCCCAGUAGAGGCAGCACCAAUAGAAGCUGCUCCAGAAGAGGCAGCACCAAUAGAAGCUGCUCCAGAAGAGGCAGCACCAAUAGAAGCUGCUCCAGAAGAGGCAGCACCAAUAGAAGCUGCUCCAGAAGAGGCAGCACCAAUAGAAGCUGCUCCAGAAGAGGCAGCACCAAUAGAAGCUGCACCAAUAGAAGCUGCCCCAGUAGAGGCAGCACCAAUAGAAGCUGCUCCAGUAGAGGCAACACCAGUAGAAGCUGCACCAGUAGAGGCAGCACCAAUAGAAGCUGCUCCAGUAGAAGCUGCUCCAGAAGAGGCAGCAGAACCACCUGCUGCACCUGUAGUUGAGGAGCAGGCAGAGCCAUCCGCCCCCUCCGAGCCGUCCCCAGCUGAUCUUACAGAGCCGCCCCCUGCACCCGUUGUGGAGAGUGAACCUCCAGCAGCAGCAGCAGCAGCAGCAGAAAGCCCCGCAGCACCGCCAGCCGAGCCUCAGCCUGAAGUUGUGUCAGAGAGUGCAGUGGAAGCUGUCCCUGCCCUUCCCAAGGUCCCUUCACACACCCCCUACCUCCUUAUCGGUGGAGGGACGGCCUCCUUCGCUGCUGCCCGGUCCAUUCGAGCCAGAGACCCCGGUGCCAGGGUGUUGAUAGUGACUGAUGAGCCAGACCUUCCAUACAUGAGACCACCUCUCUCCAAGGAGCUGUGGUUCUCCGAUGACCCCAGUGUGACGGAAACACUGCGUUUCAAACAGUGGAAUGGAAAAGAAAGAAGUAUCUACUUCCAGCCAGCAUCAUUCUACAUUAAUCCAGAGGAAUUGGACAGUGCAGAAAAUGGCGGAGUGGCUGUUCUCACCGGCAAAAAGGUUGUUCACAUGGACGUGAGAGGAAACAAAGUAAAACUGGAUGAUGAAACUGAGAUCUCAUAUGACAAGUGUUUGAUUGCAACAGGCGGAGUGCCCAGAAAUCUCCAGGUUAUUGAAAGAGCAGGGGACGAGGUGAUGAAGAGGACGACUUUGUUCCGCAAGAUUGAGGACUUUAAAGCUCUGGAUAAAGUCUCCAGAAACAUCCAGUCUGUCACAAUCAUCGGAGGUGGCUUCUUGGGCAGCGAGCUGGCCUGUGCCCUCGGCAGGAGAUCAAACGAGUCUGGCCUGGAGGUGAUACAGAUGUUCCCUGAGAAGGGCAACAUGGGAAAGGUGUUACCUGAGUAUCUGAGCAAUUGGACGACAGCAAAAGUCAAGAGAGAGGGUGUAAAAGUCAUCUCAGAAGCUUUGGUGAAAUCAGUCAACUGCAAAGAUGAUAAGUUAGAAAUCCAACUGAAGGAUGGACGAUUGGUGAAAACCGAUCACAUUGUUGCAGCUGUUGGCCUGGAGCCCAACGUUGACCUUGCUAAGUCAGCAGGUCUGGAGGUGGACUCUGACUUUGGUGGCUAUCGGGUCAAUGCAGAGCUGCAAGCUAGAUCCAAUAUUUGGGUGGCUGGAGACGCUGCGUGUUUCUAUGACAUCAGACUGGGCCGCAGACGAGUGGAGCACCACGAUCACGCCGUUGUGAGUGGAAGACUCGCAGGAGAGAACAUGACGGGAGCCAACAAACCCUACUGGCAUCAGUCAAUGUUCUGGAGUGACCUGGGACCAGAUGUAGGCUACGAGGCUAUUGGGAUUGUUGACAGCAGCUUGCCAACAGUCGGAGUGUUUGCCAAAGCCACUGCAAAGGAUACACCUAAAGCUGCUACAGAGGAGUCAGGAACCGGAAUCCGCUCCGAAAGUGAAACGGAGGACACAGCCACUAGCCCAGUGGCGUCAUCAUCGCCUGCUCCAGCUGUGCAGCAGCACAAGGACGACUAUGGAAAAGGAGUCAUCUUCUACCUGAGAGACAAAGUGGUGGUGGGCAUCAUUCUGUGGAACGUGUUCAACAGGAUGCCCAUCGCGAGGAAGAUAAUCAAGGACGGAGAGGAACACGCGGAUCUGAAUGAAGUGGCCAAGCUGUUCAACAUCCACGAGGAUUAAGAUCGAGCCCGGCGCUCAUUUACAGAAGGGGAGUUACGCUUCAUGUUAAGACUGAACUCUGACGUCGCCACAAAUCUUGGAAGACACAACUGAUCACACAAGCAAACCGGGAGAAUCUAUGUAAAUUAUGUCAUGUCGCUGAAAUAUUUUCAUAUUUGGAAUUUCUAUCUGCCGUUUGUCUUUUUUUUUCUAUUCAGGAUAAAUCACUGUCUCAUCCUUCGCCAAACAUUAUGCUCCUGUUUUGUUUGUUUUUUAAAUUCUGGUCGUGUUGUGGUUGUCUGUUUGCUUCACUCCCCCACCAGGCUGAAAAUGCUGAGCAUAGAUUAUUUGUUUUCCUCUGUGUGAUCAGAGCAGCUUGUGGUGAGAGAAGCUGCAAUAAAGGCUAUUUUUAAAUCGGA